CAGCCACUGCUGCUCCUGCCAUUCAGCUGAAGAGCGGCGAAGGGGGGAGGCACGCGAGGCUGGAGCGAGAAAAAAGACAGAAAGAGGGGGGAGAGAGAGUCCAGGCCCAAAUAAAGACAUGGGGGCCAGGACUGGGCUGGGUCCCGCUUUGCUAUAAAAACGCUGGCCUCCUUGAGACUCGGGUUUGGUGGUUGGGGCUUGGGACCAGCAACCACCACAGCUGCUGCAGUCUUCCUCGGGGGAGCUACGUCUGCAUACUCACCAUCAUCGUCCUGGUCAUCAUUUCUGGGGGCAUUCAAGAUGCCUCGAGUGGACGCAGACCUCAAGCUGGACUUUAAAGAUGUCCUUUUCAGACCCAAGAGGAGCAGCCUGAAGAGCCGCUCAGAGGUGGAUCUUCAGAGGACCUUUACAUUCCGCAACUCUAAGCAGACCUACACAGGUAUCCCCAUCAUUGCAGCCAACAUGGACACCACAGGAACAUUUGAGAUGGCACAAGUUCUCAGUAAACACACCCUCUUCACAGCCAUUCAUAAACACUACUCUGUAGAAGACUGGAAAAACUUUGCUGCUAGUCACCCAGAGUGCUUAGAGCACGUAGCUGCUAGCUCAGGGAGCGGCAGUGCAGAUCUGGAGAAGCUGUGUGCCAUCCUGGAAGCCGUCCCUGCCCUCAAGUACAUUUGCCUGGACGUGGCCAAUGGCUACUCUGAGUACUUUGUGGAGUUUGUCAAGAAAGUCAGAGAAAAGUUCCCCAAACACACCAUCAUGGCUGGCAACGUGGUAACAGGAGAGAUGGUGGAGGAACUCAUCCUGUCUGGGGCUGACAUCAUCAAAGUGGGCAUCGGGCCAGGUUCUGUAUGCACAACAAGGAUCAAGACAGGAGUGGGUUACCCACAGCUCAGUGCUGUUAUAGAGUGUGCAGACUCCGCUCAUGGACUCAAAGGUCACAUUAUCUCUGAUGGUGGCUGCAGUUGCCCUGGAGAUGUAGCUAAGGCCUUUGGUGCCGGUGCUGACUUUGUAAUGAUGGGAGGAAUGCUCGCAGGCCACGACCAGUGCUCCGGGGAGGUCAUUGAGAAAAAUGGCAAGAAGUACAAACUAUUUUACGGCAUGAGCUCCGACACAGCCAUGAAGAAAUACACUGGGGGAGUUGCCGAGUAUAGGGCAUCAGAGGGGAGGACGGUCGAGGUUCCCUACAAAGGAGAUGUGGAAAAUACCAUCCGGGAUGUGCUGGGGGGCCUGCGCUCCACCUGCACCUAUGUGGGUGCCGCCAAACUCAAAGAGCUGAGCCGCAGAACCACCUUUAUCCGUGUCACACAGCAGUCUAGCUAUAUGUUCACUUAAGGGGGUGGUACUACUUUCUCCCAGUAGCAGCAGGACCACAUACAGACCUACACCUCACUUCACCACGCACCUGUUUCUCUCAGGAUAUCUGCUGUCCGAAAGCUUUCAACUCCUUCGGGCUGCAAUUAAACCAACUCAAAAAUUUGACUUGAAUUACCCAGAUGGAUAACAACACUCUACUCUCUUUAAUCUCACAGUGAGUGUGUUUCUAUGCUUGCAGAAACCAAUAAAGUACUGUUGUAAUUUAUGCAGACAUUGUUUUUGAAUGGGAAUGUGCAAAUACGCUUCACCUGCUACCUUUCAGUUUUGGGAAACGGCAGUGAAACUACUACAGUAGAGAUUUUUCAGAAACUUGUAUAUAAAGUUGUUACUGGAGGAUAUUUCAACAUUAACAACAUAUCAAGAGCAAGCAAGAAUAUGAGAUUUGUAAAACACACUCAGCAGGAACGUGUUGGUAUUAGUGGGAAGAUCAAUGAUUUUGCUGAAGUGUAUCCUAAAAUGAAUGUGCAAGUUGAUAUGCGAGAUUAAGAGACUCCGGCCUUUAAUUGUCAAGGCAGAAAUUGUGUUGCAAUAAACUGCAUGGAGAACCUUGUGCUGGUUUCCUCAGUGGUGUUGGUCUUUCAGUUUGAACUGAGUUGGGACGCUUUCAUAAUGAGAAUGAAGUCUUCACAGUUUGUGCAUUUCAAGUAUUUGGUAUAUUUACUUAAAAAUGUGUCCCUCAUUUUAAAUCAUGCAAGUCUAGAGAUUUGUGCCUUUUACUGCAUUGUAAAGUAACGUAACGAUGCCAUUAAACGCAGGAAAUGAAAACCUACACUAUGUAAUGCAUACUGUGAUAACUAACAGUAUUACAUUGUUUAUUGCAGUCAAGACAGAAAAUGGAAGUCAUUAAUCAGUGAAUGAUUAACAUAAUUCCUCUUUCUGGACAAUAAACUGUAACUAGAA